AUGACUUCACACACACCUUCCACGGACGAGCGGCAGAUGCGCAAGCAGCAGAUUCGGCCUCGAUUCGUCGAUCUGGCCGAGCUGGACGACGACCUUCCCGAAGACGCUACCAGUCGCAGAGCUGCUCUUGAUUCCUUCAGCAACUGGCCGCCAGCCGCGACUGUCGUCCGCAAGAAACCUCCCGCCAUCACCUCUUCGAGCAAAGCAGGAGCUUCUACAAUACGAGCAGAGGCACCGAAAGCCCUGAAGAAGCCCACAAUCGAAGAUGCAGAUGAGUCUCAAGAGGGACUAUCCAGUGACAAGGCGCGCAAGGCUCAAGAGCAAACGCAGAAGACACCUCAAGCCAAGACCGUACGUUUCGACGCCGAGACGCUGGCAGCAGACAAAGCAGUAGCAGAGCCCUCAGUCUUGCCCAAGGCAACACUGAAUCUCGCAGGUUCCAUCAUCGGCAGCAUCCAGGAGCGACCUGUAGGAGAGAGGAAAACAAUAUCAAGAGGCAACACGCGAGCUAAGCCUUCCGGGUCCCGCUUCGUAGUCAGGAGAAGGAUGGACGAGGACCUCCAGAAGCAUGAAGAGCAGAGACAACAGAGGCUCCAAGAGACGGAGGCGCCAGAAGGCCAGGAGCCUGGAACCGGCUUUCCGGUGGUGUCGCACCGCGACCAAAUCACCCCCAUCCUCCCAUUUUCCGAUAAGAGCCGCAAGCCACAUUAUAGCGAAAACAUUGACACCGUCGAAGCACCACAACGAGAUGCCCUGGCUACACAAACAGCCCUGGCCGAGUCGAAGACAGGAGCAGAUAGCUCUGUGACAGCUCCCGAAGCCGCUCAAUCUGACCUUGCCGCAACAGCUGAUGAGGAGGAAUGGCUCGACGAGGCCGGAAAGCCCAUGUCUGCUUUCAGAAAGUCGCGUCUACUUCGUCAGGGGCAACGACCACCAUCCGUUCGAUCGAAAUCUACGCCUCAACCCAGCGUCACGAAAGAUGACCGAGAUCUUCCUGACUUCAAGCCAGAUCCCACAAGAGACCCUGGUGGGGGCGCCGAUAUCGAUGUCAUCAACGCAGUACUUUCGGACGUAUCGCGGGAGAACGACCAGAAGCUACGUCAAAUGAGCGCAGCAGAGGUCUCGGAUGAGCUGCGCAGUCUCGAGAGCCUUUUCGGCAAGGACAUUCUCGAAGCUUUGCGCAGUCGAAAGUCUGCCAGCUCCUCGCAGGAAACGGCACCCAACACGUCCGACACGGCAUCAUCCGAGCCACUGCAAUCAACGUCAACCUCCGCGAGCAUUCAGAACAUAACAGGGCAGGAAGAGGAGGAAGACAAGGACGGUCCGCUUGCGAUCAAGCGCCAGUACUUCCCUUCCGAACCUGACACGCCCAACCCUUCGCUGGAGUGGAUGAUGCCACAGCCUUCGCAGCCGUCAGGAUCUACAGAUCUGCGAUUCGACUUCUCCGGCCAACUCUUGCAACGAGGCACUCAAACUGACCAGACGUACCUUUCCGGACUGCAUCACCAUGGCGACGACCAGGACGCUCCGGGAUACACCUUUUCCGAACUUAUCCAUUUACUCCGAAGUACGGUAGCAGCACAACGACAGCUCGCGCUCAACGUUCUUGGUCGAAUCUGCGAGCACUACCAGGCCUUCCGAGCGGACGACGAUACUGAGGCAUCUCCUGCCACCGCCUUACUGAAUGAUCAUGCUUUGUUGCUCAGGGCAAGAGCUAUUUCGAUCUCGCGUUGGCUCUUGGGCGAUCGACACUUCACUGUACGAGCAGCCGCGCUGCGGUGCCUCGCCAGUGCAGUCAGAUCGCUGCCUUCAGGUAUAUCUAUUCCUUUGGGUGCUGGUCAGGAACUCGACUUUGGUCGCUUGAUGGGUGCGGGCAAGGGAGACGUUGAGGAUCAAGACGAUCGCGCAGACGCAAGCGAAGUCGAGCGUAGCAUUCAAAAGGACUGGGCCAGAGUGAUGCUCGAGUCCAAAAUCCUCGAUUUGUUCCUCGACCGCACGGACAGCGUCAUCACUUCCAAGUGGGAGGCAGAACUGGCCUUGGAGUUGCUGCUUCGGAUUGCCUCCUGCUCGGCAUUGCACGCAACGCAAAUCUUUGAGAAGGAUCCACGAAAGCUGUCGGACUUCGUCAUCCACCUCGGUCUCAAGGUCUCUUGGCCGCCAGUUCCGGCCGAAGCCUCUUUGACCGAGGCAGAAGUGCAACGGCCCAGCUCGUUACCGUCGAUCACAGCCGUGCGACUAUUGCACCAAGGCAUCCUCAGUGACCGCAAAAUUGCAGAGGCGAUUGUUCUCAAUGGCAGCAUCGAGCAUCUUCUGCGCUUCGUCGUGACGCCCCCGUGGAAGGUCGAAGGGGAUUGGGUUUCUGACGACGACGCAGGCGACGCAACUGUUGUAUUGGCUUAUCAAAUUUUUGACGAGGUGCUCCAAUUGUUCGUCUCGCUGGCCUCGUACGGCCUCUUUGCGUCGGUGGUCGCGCGAACCUGGAAUCUAUGGCAGGAGUGCAACGCCUGGGCUGUCAAGCAGCUGUUUGGCGAUGAUGAUGCCGUCUCAACAAAGGGCUGGACCCUCGAGGCGAGAAGCACGGCAGCGCAGCGGAUCUUUGAGGUCCUCGCUGCCUGGACGCGAUGUGCUUUGGAUCCGCACGAGCUUAUGACCGCACACGACAUAACGUGGACCCAGGUGCGAGACUGGAUCGAGCCGGUUCAUGACGCCGCCCAACAAAUGACGGUCCCUACCGCAGCACGAGCAUCUGUCCAAGCCCCUGCCUUUGGAGCACUCUGUGUUCACAUUGAUGCCUGGCUUCGAUGCGCGAUGGGCAAGGAGCCCGUCCUCCUUCAAAAGUAUUUCGAUACAUGUCAAAAGAUCGCCUCGCAGUGUCAGCAGCCGAUCUCGCAGCAUUUAUUCAAGGUGCUCCGGUUGUUCUCGUCAGCUCCAACGCAAGCUAUUGCAUUGGACGAAGCCGAACAAGCCUGCCGUGCCUGUCACAACUAUCUUGACUUCUUCGAGACGUUGCUGCGCGCCGAGCAGGUCAGGGCGAGCCAAACUGCCGCCGCAGAACCGACUUUGUUCACGAGAGGCAGUACCGUCAUGAAGCAAGAGAGUCUGGCUCUGAUCUCUUGCGGCGCUGUGUGGCAAGCUUUGCAGAGCUUGGAGUCGCGCGCGUCGGGACGAAAUGUCUACCGACGAACCUUCUCCGACUUUGUCGCUGCAGCAUUGACGACGUCACCUGCAGGUGGUAGUGGUAGCGAGCUUCCCCUCGAGCUGGCCGCCAUUACGCGUCUUGAUGUGCGCCAUGCUCCUCGUGUUGCCAAAAUUGUUCUGCGAGCAACUCGAACCCUGGCUGGCGAUGCGAUCGCUCACACUCUCCGACCGUUCCUGUUGGAGUGCAUCCUCGGCGUCAAUCGCCUGCCUGAAGCGGAUCCGGCGAAGAGAGCGGAGCGACGCGAUGCGGUGCCGCUGUCGCAAGUCCACUCUUUGUUCAAACCCAGCCGAGGCGAAGACGUCUACGCGUCUCCCAAGCCUGCUGACGACGUUGAAGAAGAGGACGAAGAGGAGGAAAAGGAUGUCGACCCGAUUACAGGCUCUAAGCUAUGGAAGUGCCCUGCAAGCGGCUUGCCUAUCCGCGCCGACUGGCCGCUGCUCGCACUCGACGACCUGUUGCACAGCGCCAACACCGCCGUCUUCAACCGGCCCGACAACCUCGAAGAAGGCUGGAAGCCGAGCGAGCUCGACAUGGUCCGAGCGUCGCUGCAGCUUGCUGUGGCUGUCUUCCGAAGCAUGCUUCUGCGAUCCAAAGCCCUCAGCGCUGACAGCAGCGACGAGCUGGCGAGUGCAGAGGCCAGCGCAAUCCUGAGCAGCCUUCCGAGUGCAGAGCAGGUGCUGCUCGGCGUGAUGAAGGUGUUCAUGCUCGAGAAGGAUCAGCCGGACACGUUUACGGACAAGACCGCAGCGGGGCUCCAGCAGCAGAAGUCAACAGGCACUCUCACGGGACGCGAUCUCUUCCGUGACCCCUCGAUCUCCUCCAAGCUUACGUCGCUACUCGACAUCGCCGAAGAGCUCGUUGUGCUCCGCCGCGUGCACAACGCAGGCGCCACGAUGAGCAGCAUAACGCUCGAUGCGUGGACUGCCGCCACUUACGGAGGUACGAGCAUGUCGUUCUACCAGUUCUUCACGGACCUCGUCGGGCUGUGGGACUCGGUUUCGUUCGGAGACGUCAACUUCGCGCGUGCCAUUAUGACAGUGGCCAACGCAGGGGGAGGCGGCGGGGUGUUGGAGGGCGAGGCCGGCGUAGCGGUAGACUUUAGGCGGCUGGUGUGGAACGACUACAGCGACAGCUUGCGCAGUAUGCCCUCGAUUCGGGUGCCGGACUGGUUGCUCGACUGGGCGGAUACGGACGAGGACAUGCUGGAUCACUAUUGUCGGUACCUAGCAGGUGCGGCAGGGUCGACAGGGACGCGCAAGUCGUUGGCCUGGCAGAUCGCCGCGCACCACGUUCGGGCCGCCUUGGGCAUGCUUGACAGAGAGGGAGAGGGAGGCCGGUUCAGGCGAAGGCAGACAAUUCUGAAGUCGCUUCUCGCUGCACGAGGCGAGGCUUUGCUGCGUGAAUUGGUCGGAGCGGAGGAUGAGCGGCUUGUCCAGCGCCUCGUUGCGCACCUGAGUGUCUCCUCAACGACUCAAUAA